GUGGGCGGGGCCGGGAGCCGCGGAUCCGGGAGCCACCGGCGACCCAGCGGGGACCCAGCGGGGACCCAGCGGGGACCCACCGGCACCAGGCCGCGCGAUGCCCCCCGGGCCCGCGGGGUGAGAGCCUCCCAAGCCCAGGCAUGGCGGACCCAGUGGCGGGCAUCGAGGGUGCGGCGGCCAAGAGUGUGCGGCCCUUCCGCUCAAGCGAGGCCUACGUGGAGGCCAUGAAGGAGGACCUGGCCGAGUGGCUCAACGCCCUGUAUGGCCUGGGGUUGCCGGGCGGCGGGGACGACUUCCUGGCGGGGCUGGCCACGGGCACCACGCUGUGCCGCCAUGCCAACGCCGUGGCCGAGGCGGCCCGGGCUCUGGCGGCCGCCCGUCCCGCCCGUGGGGUAUCCUUCCAGGCACGCGGCGUGGCCCCCGGCUCCUUCGUGGCCCGCGACAACGUGGCCACCUUCAUCGGCUGGUGCCGCGCCGAGCUGGGCGUACCCGAGGUGCUCAUGUUCGAGACGGAGGACCUGGUGCUGCGCAAGAACGAGAAGAGCGUGGUGCUCUGCCUGCUGGAGGUGGCGCGGCGCGGGGCCCGCCUGGGGCUGCUGGCCCCCCGCCUCGUGCAGCUGGAGCAGGAGAUCGAGCAGGAGCUGCGAGGCCCCCCCUGCCCCCUCAGCCCGGGGGAGCACGACUCCGGGGAGCAUGGCUUAGGGUCGGCCACGACCCCUGGGGCGCCCGCCCGCGGCCCCCGCAUGACUCUCAGUGACCUGAAGAACCUGGACGAGCUGGUGCGGGAGAUCCUAGCCCACUGCACCUGCCCGGACCAGUUCCCCAUGAUCAAGGUGUCGGAGGGCAAGUACCGUGUGGGAGACUCCAGCUCGCUCAUCUUCGUGAGGGUGCUCAGGAGCCACGUGAUGGUGCGUGUGGGCGGCGGCUGGGACACCCUGGAACACUACCUGGACAAGCAUGACCCCUGCCGCUGCGCCUCCAGUGGUCAGUGCGGGCGGGCGGCAGCCCACCGCCCUGCCUCGCAGAGGGCCCACACCUUCUCCCCGCAGAGGGUGUCACCCAGCCCCAGCCCCCGAGCAGGAAGCCCUGUGCCCGGAGGCGACCGUCGAGGCUCCAGGUCAGAGGCGACACCCAUGAGCAUCCGCAGCUCAAAAGACGGGUCCGAGGCCCCGCUCAGGCCCCGGGACCAGCUGCCCCCUCACCCCCGCUCCCGUCGCCACUCCGGGGACAGCGACUCCUCAGCCUCCUCCGCCCAGAGCGGUCCCCUGGGUGGCCGCAGUGAGGAGCGGCCCAGCCGGUGGCUGACUACAGGUCCCCCAGCCUCUCCACGGCGGCCCCCCGCCCCACGCAGCCAAUCCCGAGACCGGCUGGAUCGGGGGCGCCCCCAAGGGGCCCCUGGAGGCAGGGGUGCCCGGCCACCAGCGCCCAGCCCUGCCCGUCGAGCCCGGAGCCAGAGCCGUGAGGAGCAGGCAGUCUUGCUAGUGCAAAGGGACCGAGAUGGGCAGCAUUCAUGGGUCACAGGGGUAAGGGGAGACGCCGGCAGGAGUAGCCCCAGGACCCCUCGAGCCUGCAGCCCCGCAGCCCCCCAGGUCCCCCGAGCCCGCAGCCCCGCAGCCCCCCGACCACCCCGGGGCCCCAGCCCCGAGAUGGGCACUAUGCCGGCCAGCGUCUUCCGCACACCACUGCAGCUGGACCCCCACGAAGAGCAGCAGCUGUUCCAGAGGCUGGAAGAAGAGUUCCUGGCCAAUGCCCGGGCCCUGGAGGCCACUGCCAGCCAGAGUCCCCCUGGGCCCGCCCCAGACCCAGCCCGAGCCCCAGACACCCCAGCCCCUGACUCUGCCUACUGCUCUUCCAGCUCCUCCUCGUCCUCCCUCUGCAUCCUGGGCAGCAAGUGUGGCCAGCCUGGGGACUGUGGGCGGGUGGCCAACGGGCAGCCUGGGCCCCGAGCCCCAGCUCUGUCCAGCUCUUCUGACGAAGGCAGCCCCUGCCCAGGAGUGGGGGGCCCAGCAGAGGCACCCAGGAGCCUCCUGGCCAACCCGGAGCCUCUGAGGACCUGUGCUCGGGGCCGCAUGGACACACAGCCAGACAGAAAGCCCUCACGCAUCCCCACGCCCCGGGGCCCCCGGCGCCCAUCGGAACCUGCCGAGCAAGGGGCCUGGCACGCCUUGCAGUCUGUCACCCCCCAGGCUGAGCCCGGCUCCUGGAUGUGACAGGCCAGCCCUGCCGUCCCAGCCCCCACCCCUCCUCUUCCUUUGUGGCCUUAACCCCUCGCAUCAGGGAGCCGCCC